CCUGCACCCGGAAUUUCAUAGGCCGGAACAUGCCGCGUCUCUAAAACAGGUCAAACGUCAACUUCCAAAGAGCUUCACUUUAGCUCAAGCCCCGUCUUAUUUCAUCUAUUCAACCAUAAAGCAUUUUCGCAAGACGCCCGACAUCACGAUGCGUCUUUCUCGGUCUGCGGCAGCGCUGGCAGCGUGCUGCACUUCUGCGCACGCCUUCUCCGACUCGUCCCCUAUCGUUAUGUUCUCUAGUGCUAGCCUGGAUGUGCCGGCCAACGGGGAAUUAAUACAAUCGAAUUCCGAAGUCCUUGCGACUCUUCAAAAGGCUCUCAAGAGCUGCCCGACCGAUCGAUACCUCAUUGUCUCGCAACCAAACCUCAACAGGGCCAACUUGGUCGGGGAUGCAGUACCGAACCUCCUCCGUUAUCAUGACAAGGCCCAGAGUCGCUACUCACUCCCAGAGGUAAUUGGGGAGUUGAAUACGGACGAUGUAGUAGCAUUCGUUAGGAAGUCCUGUGAAGGAAGAUCGCAACUAUUUGUCGACCAACUCGAAUUAGCUCCUUUACCAUCCGUUAACGACGCUCACGCAUUAGGGGAAAACGAUGACGAACUCGGAAUGGUGCUGGAACAGUUCGAUAGGGACGGUUCUUACACGGUUAUCUACGCCGGUGCUCCGCGAAAGGAGGUGCCCCCGACCUACACGGCCGUGUUCCAGGAUGGCGUACCCGCGGAAUUGAAGAGAGACGUACAUUCUGUUCAGCAGAGAGCUCUUAAUGACACCAGCAACCUACCUCUAUUUGAGAAGUACCAGUACUUCUCACCAGGCAUCUUCACGGCUCUCAUCGCUCUAGUCAUCCUCCUAUCGAUUCUCUACGCCGGUAUUGCUGCAGUCGCCAGCCUCGAAGUUCCCUACGGCGCAUUCGACAAGGUGAUGGGUCCUGCCGCGCAUAAGAAGCAGUAGAUAGACGAUACACGUAGGAAAGCGGUCUAGUCGGUAGAUGUAUCAAGGCUGCGUAUAAUUUGAGCAGUGUGUACGAAUUACUAUUGGGUCAUCGGAGUCAGGGUAACGGGUAGCAUCACGGAAGAAGUCGAAUAAGACUGACUUCACCAAGCAAGCAAGGUAUACAUCAAUAUCAUUUAUCGAAUCGGAAGGAGACUGUAGUGUAGAUAUAGGUAUAUGCAACUAGAAUUG